AUGAAGAAGGCAGGAAAUCAUAUCACUAACCGUGCUGCCAUAAAGAAGCUUUUGGACUCACUUACAAAGGAAUGGAGCCUAAAGUGCAUGAUGAUCAAAAGGGAUUUCCUCAACAAUCCAAAUCCUGUCACUUUAACCGAUUUGAUCAACACUUUGAAGGAUUUUGAAAUGGAUGUUAACAAACGAGAAAUGAAUACGACUGGUUACACCCCAAAGCCUGCUCAGACUUCUGCAGGACUGAAGAACGUGGCACUUCUUGCAUCUGAAGGUGUCAGUCAACAAGCUUCAGACACAACUUACUUCAACGCUUCCGCAAGCGCAUUAAAGGCUCCACGGUCCAAUGAAAAGACAGUUGUGCUCGGUGACACUCAAGCUAAAGAGAAUGCUGAAGCAGAGGAACAAGUUCACAAAGCGCUCAUGGCAAAAAUCUCGAGCGAUUCUUUAUCUUCAUCGCCAAAACCUACCGAGAAACAGGCUACAGGAAUCCCAAAAGGAGAUGAUGCUACCGACAAGGGUCUGAAGAGUAUUCUCACUUUCUCCGAGCCUGAGAAAGACAAGAAGGUUGAAGAAGCUGUGAAGGCCACAGAGCAGGUUCAGAAAGAAACAACUUCUGUGAAGGAAGAGAAAGCGAAAGCCUCAGCUGUGGCCAUGAAAACCGAAUCCUCAAAAGAAAAGGCAGACAAGGAUUUGGAAUUUGUGUUUAGAAAAGAUUUUAUCAUUAACGAUCUCACAGAUAGACUAGAAAAGGCUUUAAACGAAAAGAACAAGUUGCAAAUCGUCAUAAACAAAUGGAAUGUCAGUCAAAAGGCCUUUACUGACAUAAAAAAACUACCAACGACCAACGUAUGUGAAAGACGGGAUCGGAAAAACAAUAUUCGGGAUGACCGUAAUGGCCGUGUGCCUAAAUUCAAAUCUUCGGAUGACUGUAAGGGCCAUGUUCCUACAUUUGAGACCCGUGAUCGUGAACAUGUUAUGUCUGAAUGUCAUGAUUUAAAUUCUGCAUUUUGUAAUGAUAAAAUUGUUUGUGAAUCUCCUGUAUUUGUGCCAGAAUUGAAAAAGAAUAGCUUUGGAAAAUUCCUCACAGAGGAAAUUCCAGAAUUUGUUCCAUUUAGAUCAGGUAUGACAGAGUCAGAAAAGAAAAUCAUUGAAGAUCACUGCAAUGAAGACUCAAGCGGUGCUGCCUCAGAAGAGGAAAAGGAGACUUCAAGUCCUAAGGAUGAGCAAAAAUCAGAAACAUCAAGCCAAGGUCGAACAACAGAUGGUGAAAGCCCUGAAUUUUCAAGUGAAGAAACCUCGAAAACCACAAGUGAAGAUCAAACAAUAAAUGAUGAAAGCUCCAAAGGAUCAAGUGUUGAAACAAUAGAAGACCAAGAUUCAGAAAGUUCAAGCGAAGAUCAAAGCUGCAAUGAUUCAAGUUACGAAGCAAGUGAAGAGCAAAACUCAAGUGAAUACCAAACGUCUGAAAAUUCAUCUGAUUCCGACAAAUACAAGAACUGUUGGAAACGAGAUCAAGAGAAACAGAAUGAUGCAGGAUUAAAGAUAUAUUCUGCAAAUGUUUUAUUUGAAGUUUCUCACACUAAAACGAAGAACAAGAUAUUGAAGAAGAUCCCCAACAGGCUGCAUAAAGCAGAGACAAGCGAAAGAAAAGGCGGGGUGAUUCGGUGCUACAAGCUGAUCUUAAGAAAGGGCCAUGUGCCUACAGUUGAGACCUGUGAUCGUGAACCUUGUGUGUCUGAUUGUCAUGAUUUGAAUUAUGCGUGUUGUGAUGAUAAAGUUGCUUGUGAAUCUCCUGUAUUUGUGCCAGAAUUAAAAAGGAAUAGCUUUGGAAAAUUCCUUACAAAGGAAAUUCCCGAAUUUAUUCCUUCUAGAACAGGUAUGACAGAAUCAGAAAGGAGCGUCACUGAAAACCAAGAUAAAGAAGAUUCAAGCGUCACUACCACAGAAGACGAACAAACAUCAGAAAGUUCAACUGAAGAUCAAACAACUGGUGAUGAAAGCUUCGAGUGUUCAAGUUAUGGAGCAAGUGAAGAACAAAGUUCGAGCGAGGACAACACGUCUGAAAGCUCACUCGAUUCAGACAGUGAUGAAGAACAUCAAGAAGAUGAAAGCAGAAAUAAACUCCAGAAGUGGCUUCGGAUGCUCAUGGAAUACAUUUGGCACGUAGACAGCGGAUGUUCAAGACACAUGACUGGAUUGAAGGAACUGCUGGAAAACUUCCGCUUUAUUGAUGGUGAUUUCGUGUCUUUUGCUGGCGACGAAAAGGGAGGAAAGAUUGUUGGAGUAGGAGAUGUGGUGUCCGAAGCUCUCACGCUGGAAAAUGUCAACUAUGUUCCUGAGCUGUGCUAUAAUCUCAUGAGCAUUUCUCAAGUGUGUGAUAAAGGAAUCUCGGUGCUGUUCAAUGACAUGGAAUGCUUGUUCCUGAAGCCCGGUUAUGUUGUUCCUGCAGAAAUGAUCAUGCUCACUGCUCCAAGACAGAACAACACAUACGUGCUCAACAUGAAAAAUGCCAAGACAAAUGACAACUUGACAUGCUUAAUUUCUAAAGCUUCAGAAUCGGAGUCACUGCUUUGGCAUAGACGGCAUUUGUCAGAGAUUCAAUCUGCUGCGGAAGGUUGGUGA